GAGGAGGACAUGCACGCCGCCGGCGUGCCGGCUGCGCGCGGCUGGCGGCUCGACGCGCGGUGAGUGGGCGAUGCGGAGCGUGCCAGCAGCUUGCGGAGAGCGUGGGUCAGAGGACGAGCGGCUUCCGCGCUGCAGCGUGCAGCGAGUCUGGAGCACAUGCGAUGUGACGCUGCAGCGAGUCGCACGUUCAUCUUACCCGCACCACUCCUGUCGCCUUCUGGCUCACGCUCGACCAUGCAGGCAAAUGGAGACGCCCACGUUCCGCGCGCGCGUGCUCGACAUGUUCGCGCACGAGCUCAAGCUCGCCGGCUGGGCCGACGCCGACGUGCCCGCGCCGCUGCUGCCGCUGCAGCCGGAGCGCGUGACGCUGAAGCGCGUCUCGGGCGCCUUUUCGAACGUCGUCAUCUUUGCCUCGUACUCGCUCGACGGCGUCGCGGCCGGCGCCGAGGCGCUCGUCGGCCCGCCGACGGUGCUGUUGCGCGUGUACGGCACGGCAACCGAGGUGCUGCUGAGCCGCCGCGCCGAGCUGCUCAUCCUGCACACGCUGUCCAGCCUGUACGAGAUCGGCCCGCACAUUCUCGGCACCUUUGCCAACGGACGCGUCGAGGAGUACUUUGACUGCGUGCCUAUCGGCAAGGACGGCAUGCGCGACCUUGGCACGCGCAGCGAAACCAUCGUCGCAGACGGCUCGCUGCUCGUGCGUGGCGUCGAGGGCCGCGCGCAGUGGGCGGCGCGGCGCAUGCGCGAGCUGCACGAGGUGCCGCUCGAGCCGAUCCGCACCGUGCUGGAGCAGGGCGACCUGCGCGCGCCGAGCGACAAGGGCUUCGGGCGCGGCAUCGAGCGGCACCUCUUUGCGCGCGCACACAGGCCGCGGCGGCCGCAGCCCGUGCCGACGCAGAACGCAGGCGGCAGCGGCUACUUUGGCGAGCCGCCGAGCGCCUCGUCGACCUCGAGCGCCGCCAUGGCAGGCGGCAUGCGCGACAGCCCGGCACCCAUGACGCCGCCUGCGCCCACCGAGGCCACCUCCAUCGCCGCUGCGGCCGCCGCCGGCGCGCGCGCACAGGCACUCGAGAUCCGCGGCGCAUCGCCAAAGAACCGCAACAACAGCGUCACGUCGUUCGACUCGCUCGCCACGUCAUACUCCAGCACGGCAAGCUUCAGCAGCGACACGACGCGCUCGCCGAUGCUGCGCGGCGCCGACUCGUACAUCGACUCGGUCAGCGCGGCGCGGCGCGGCAGCAGCGGCGUGCUGAGCCGCAUGCAGCCGCCGACGCCGCGGCACCGCAACAGUGGCAGUACGAGCUACGUGCCAUACCCGGGCGUGUGGCGGCGCACGAAGCGCUGGUCGCGCGAGGCGGCCAAGGUGCUGGCGCUGGUGGACGACUUUGCGACGUCGCCCGAGGGACGCGAGGCGUGCGCGCGCGUGCUUGCCGACGUGCCCUUCCGGCUCUCAGCCUCGCUGCCGGGCGGCGAGGGCGGCAGCGGCGGCGCCAGCGGCGACACGACGAUGCGCGAGUCGGAGAACGGCAGCGCGCACAGCUCCGACAGCGGGCACACGGGCACGCCCAACGCGCAGCUGGCCUGUCCUACGGCCGCGGCGAUUGGCUCGACGGCGACGCUGCAGAACAUGCUGCUCGCCAUCUCGGCCAUCGACUUUGGCCGCCUCGUGCUCGAGAUGGACGCGUUCAAGCAGCACGUGCGCGCCUGGGAGCGCGCCGAGGGCCAGUCGAAGCGCGUCCUCACGCACGGCGACACGCAGUACGGCAACCUGCUCAUCCGCAAAAGCAUGGACCCCGAGCGGCCUGUCGCCUCGGGCAUGCCGCGCACGAACACGGGCGGCAGCAUGAGCGGCGCCCAGGGUGCGCCCUCGCCGGCGCUGGGUGCCGACAAGGGCCGCUCAAGGAGCAAGGGACGUAAGGCACGCAUGGCACCGCACGAGCGGCUUGUGGUCAUCGACAUGGAGUACCUGAACCACGGCCCGCGUGCCUACGACAUUGCCAACAUGUUCAUCGAGUGGGGCGCCGACUACGACCACCCGACGGACUCGUGGAACAUGACGAUCAACGGGCCGUACCCGAGCGCCGACGAGCGGCGGCGCUGGCUGCGCGCGUACGCCGAACAGGGCCGCCUGAUGCGCAUGCGCGGCAAGGCGCCGCUCAUGACGCACGCCGUCGCCGCGGGCAGCACAAGCCUCGUCGACGGCUCGCGCCGCUCGCCCACGCCGGCCAGCACACCGGCCAGCACGCCCGCCUCGGGCGCCGAGGUGCCGCCGCCGAUUGCGGCGCUGCCGCCGCCGCUCGUGCCGCUGCAGGACGGCAGCACGGCCUCGCGCAGCACAGCGACAACGCCGGCCAGCAGCCGCGCCGCGAGCCUGAGCCCGCGCGUCGGGCCCGCCGACUCGUCGGCCGCGUCGUCGCCGGCGCUGUCGCUCAACGGCACGCCGGCGCCGCUCUCGGCGGCGGCGUCGUCGCUGGCGCGCCUCGACGCGUCGCUGGAGCGCGAGGUGGAGCGCCUGGAGCGCGAGGUGCGCGUGUGGCGCCCCGCCAGCCACGCCGUGUGGGCGCUGUGGGGCAUCACAUUUGCGCGCGAGCGCCUCGAGCUGCUCCUGGCGCGCGAAAAGGAGCGCGUGCGGCGCCGCUGGGCGGGCGAGGCCGAGGCCGACGAGGAGGAGGUCAAGGCGAGCGCGCCGGGCAGUGCCGAGAGCUUCGACAACCUGCGCUACGCCCUCGGCCGCGUCGAGAUGUUCCGGGCGGCGAUUGCCGAGCUGGGCAUCACGCUGUGAUGCUCGCGCCCGCCGCGCCUCUGCCGUGCCCCGCAUGCUCUCCGUCUCUCUCCUCCAUUCCGUCCCCAUCCUCUGCAUCGCUGCUGUGCGCCCGGCUCUUGCCGCUGUGCAUCCCCUCUGGGCCAUCCUGUAACGCACGCCUCACCCAUGCCGCGAGAAGCAACGCAAUAGACGAGAAGCUCCACCCAC